CUCUCCUUUUGAAGCGCGUGAGUGAGCAAGACAGCGGUAUUUACCGAUGUAGAGUUCAUUAUCAAGCUUCACCUUCCCUUGAUUAUGUGAUCGAUGUGAGGUUGGUGGAUUCACCAGGACUGCCACGAAUUUUCAAUGAAAUGGGAGAAGAAAUCAAGAGAGGAUAUGUGGGCCCACUAAGUCUUAAUUCCGAACUUACGCUGAUAUGUGAAGUGGACGAUGAUCAACCGGACACGCUGGUGUACUGGCGCCGUAACGGAGUCACUAUUGAGCGCGCUCACACCGCGCGUGCUGGUGUGCUCCGCGCAGAGGUGCGCGUGCGCAACGCGACACGCGAUGAACUCGACGCGCACUACGAAUGUCUUGCACAAAAUGCUGACGUCACAGAACCACUCAUGGCUAGUGUGGUUGUCAAAAUGUAUCUGCCUCCUCUUCAAGUAGAAAUUCGGCUUAACAACAACUUCGAUUUCGAAGCGGGUCAACCACGUGUCGUCGACUGUGUAGUGGUAGGCUGCGUCCCACCACCCGCCAUCACGUGGCAUCUUGGUGACACUUUGCUAAGACCUACCGUACAUAAGGAGUUACAUGAUGGCAAUUACACGGUGUCAUCGUUGACACUCGCGCCGUCUUUGCGCGACAGCAAACACGAUCUCGUGUGCCGCGCUCAUAACUCUCACCUGCCCACCUCGGUUUUCGAAGAUAAAGUCACCUUAAACGUUGGAUAUCGACCGAUUUGUCUAACAAAUCGAGAAGAAACAGUGGGUGCAGUUCUUCACGAGACUGAGACAGUGACGUGCGUCGUAGAAGCAUCUCCGAAACCUUUGCAGUUUAGUUGGACGUUUGCUGAUUCGAGAACGCUUUACACUAGCGUCAAGAAUGUGGCGGGACACCACAAUCGCUAUUCCUCGACCUUGACGUGGAUGCCUCGAAACAGUGACGUGGGCUUGCUCCUGUGUCGAGCGACUAACGCAUUUGGGGAACAGAAGCGGCCGUGCUCCUACACCAUCACACCUGGAGGACCGCCGCAUGCGCCCGAGUGUGUCGUCUUACGAUCCUACCCUAAUGCUGUUAGAGUGCAGUGUCAAAAAGGAUGGGAUGGCGGAAGGUCUCAAAUAAUCCACCUCGAACUCCUCAACACAGAUGGCACAAUUUUUCAGAAUGUAUCUAAUGGAGCUGGUCAUUUUCACUUACCUGAUAUAGACGAUAAUAAAAACUUAACAGCAUUGGUAUAUGCCAGCAGUUCCAGGGGUCGAAGUGAGACUAAGACUGUGCAUUUACAAACCAUUACACCACUGAGCCCUUCAGCCGUGACAGAAGAUCUACCUAUACAUUCCUGGACGCGUUGGCUCGAAGUUACGGCGGGAGCGGUAGCCAUAGCAGCUGCAGUCGCUGCCACCGCUGUUUGCAUCAAGCUACUGAAAGCAAAGAGAGAAAACUCAGAACUUAACCCGGAUUUAGUGCCGCGAUCUGAUGGUUCUUUUCAUCGAGAACCAGAUUUCGCGAGGGAAGAAAGAGUCCUGGGUACAACUAACAUCACUGUUAAUCAACUAGCUGCUUGUCAGAAUCAAUAUUCUUCGACUCCGGUCCCGUCGUGUCGCGUCCUCGUCGGUUGCGGAACUCACUCUCUUCCUCAAGACGCAUGUCCUGCCAGCCAACAUUCCUACUACGUAUAAUCUCAACAUAUCUACUGUAUUCAUUUAGACAAUCGAAUGUUAUAACUAAAAAUGUGAUUGAUCUAGUCAAACUAGUCAU